AUGCAACAAUUGUAUGAUCAAUACGAUUUACCCUCUUUAACUAAUCCACAAACUAUGGUAAGACAAACAGAGACGCCCAAAAAAUUAGUCAAUAAGAUGAAACAAUGGUUUAAUCAGUCAAUUCUAAAGACACCAUUACAUGGAUAUCAUCAUCGUGAUGGUGAUCAUGAUGAUGGUGAUGGUGGCGUAGAUAGUUUGGAGUGUAGUCCCAAGACGGACUUGAAUGAUGCUCCAUUGCAAUCGUUUCCAGCGACUCCAAUAAGAAAUAAUGGCUCGAAUGGUAAUCAUUUCGAUGAUAAAUUACAAUUAGUGGAAGAUAAUAAGAUUCAAAGUGCAAGCAUGGGUGAUCCGCAAUUUUUAGAAUAUAGUUUGUUGUCAUUUCAUGGAGAUUUGCAAAUGAAUAAUGAUUCAACUAAAUUUUUUUCUUCACAAAUUGCUAAUCAUUUAAAAUUUAAGACAAUUUCAUCAAACAAAUUAAGGAAACGAUUAGAUAUGAUUGCUAAUAAGAAACAAAAUGAAGUUAAAUAUAUUAAAAAAUUCAUUACCGAUAUUAAUCAUUGGAGUAAUAUUCCUUUAUUUCAAAAUGAUAUAAAUGAUACACAUUUAGUUAUUAGACAAAUUACCACUCUUUUCUCUCAAGAUGUUCAAUAUCAGGAAAACAUUAUCAAACAAUUAAAAGCAAUUGUAAAUGAUUUAGAAUAUGUCGCAUUAAAGGAAAAUGAUUUAAUUAAUGAUCAUAAAAAAUUAAUUCAAGAACAUAAAAGAUAUAAUAAUAUUAAAUUGAAAAAGGGUAUUAAUCAUCCAGAGACAAGUUUUUCAUUAGAAAGAGUCAUUACCGCUGAACAUUUAUAUGAAUCAAUGAAAGUAUCAUUUCAAAAAAUUAUUUCUAUUACAAUGAGACAAUUAUUUCAAGAUCUUAGUUAUGAAUAUUAUUCAAAUAGUGAAGAUAUGAAAAUCAUUUCAUCAAGUUUAAUUAAAGAAUUUAUGAUGUCAUUAGAAUCACAUAAUUUUCAAAAAUUUAAUAAUCAAUUAGAACAAUUAAAGAGGAAAAGAAAUGAAAAAGUUUGGUCACAAUUUUCAAUUGAGGAUAAACAAAAUCCAAUUAAAUGGGAGAAUAUUAAAAGUGGUAUAUAUGAAAAAAAUGAUUCUUUAUUGCAAGAUAUCUAUAAAAAUUUACCAAAUGAUCAUUAUUCAAAAAUGUCUUUAAGAAGAGUUAAUAGUUUCCCAGCUGAUACUUUUUUAAAAUCUAACUUAGAAGAUAUAGAUACAACAAUUGAUUGUGGUUUCAUACUUAAUAAAAACACCAAUGAUAAUGGAAUUGAAAGUCAUAAAUCAUUAUCAGAUAAAUAUAAUCCAAUGUCAACUAAUACGUUUCUUUCACAACCAAAAAUUGAUAAAGAUAUUUUUCAACCUUCAUCAUCUGCUACUGUAAUUCCAACAUUGAAAAUUGUUGAUACAAAUAUAGACGCUAAUGAAACUUUUAAAGCUCAUUCAACUACAAAAUUGAAAUCACAAAAUUUGAAUUCAUAUAAUUUACCAAAUCAACUUAUCUCACAAGAAACUCAGAAUAUUACAAACGCUAUUGGUUUAUUGGACAGGAAUGAUUACUCUGCAGAUAUUGAAAAUAAUCAUUGGGAAAAUGAAGUCGGAGACUGA